UCUGUACUGGUUCCUACAUGGUUCUGUACUGGUCCUGUACUGGUUCCUACAUGGUGCACUGUACUGGUCCUGUACUGGUUCCUACAUGGUGCACUGUACUGGUCCUGUACUGGUCCUGUACUGGUCCUGUACUGGUCGUCUCUCGCUGCAGGCUGCAGACGGAGCUGGAGGAGGUGGAGCAGCGUCUGAGCCCGCUGCAGGCGGAGCAGGAGGUGGAGCAGCGGCUGUGGGAGGCGGAGCUGUCCCAGCUGACGGAGGAGAUGGAGCGGGUGCAGGCGGCGUCCCGGGAGGUGGAGCAGCGCGCGCUGGAGGACGGGGUGGUGUUGGUGGAGAGGCAGAGAGAGGCCACCAUGGCCUCCAUGGAGUUCUGGCUCAGGGAGCUCAGAGCCUGCUCUCCCUCUGGUCCUCUCCAGGUGGGCCAGUACCUGCAGGCCCUUCAGUUGGACCCCAGUCCGUCCCGCCUACAGGAGCGGCUGCACUGGGAGCGGCAGGAGGCGUCUGUCCGGAGGAGGCGGGACCAGCUGCCGGUCCACUUCCAGGGGCUGCUCCAGCAGCUGGGAGAGGGGGGGCCCCUGGAGGCCCCCCCUGGGGCGGAGGCCCUGCCGGCGUUGGACCUCCCGCCCCUGCCCAAGGUCCCCACGGCGGAGCUGAUCAUCAGUCAGAUCCUGCUGUCUCUGGAGCAGGCCGCCUUCCUCCCACCUCCUGCUCACCCCCUGGCCCCGCCCAGAAGCCCGCCCCCUCCUCGCAUCACCCCGCCCACCGGCCACCAAACCCCGCCCCCUCCUCGCAUCACCCAGCCCACCGGCCACCAAACCCCACCCCCUCCUCGCAUCACCCAGCCCACCGGCCACCAAACCCCGCCCCCUUCUCGCAUCAUCCCGCACAGCGGCCACCAAACCCCGCCCCCUCCUCGCAUCACCCCGCCCACCGGCCACCAAACUCCGCCCCCAUCUCGCAUUACACCGCCCACCGGUCACCAAACCCCGCCCCCUUCUCGCAUAACCCCGGUCACCGGCCACCAAACCCCGCCCCCUUCUCGCAUUACUCCGCCCACCGGCCACCAAACCCCUCCCCCGCCCUCCGGUCCGGUCGGUAAACUGGAUCUACUGCUGGACCACCUGGCCGCGAAGUUCCCACAAUGCAGCAGGGCCCAUCUGAUGGUCGCUCUGCAGCACAUCAAGAGCGAGCGGGGGACCAUGGCCGGCCUGUCGCGGGACGAGCUGACGGAGCAGGUGGGCCUGAAGCUGGCCCCCGCCCCCAGGCCCGCCCCAAGGCCCGCCGCCCGCAGCUUCUGCCUGAUGUGCCAGAACCCCGUGGAGCCGGCGGCGCGCCAGCCGCUGGCCUGCGCCCACUGCGUCCACCGCCAGUGCAUCAGCGUCUGGCUGAGCUCCAGCGGCAACAACAGCUGCCCCUUCUGCCCCGCCCACUGAGGGCUGCCCCGCCCACUGAGGGCUGCCCCGCCCACUGAGGGCUGCCCCGCCCACUGAGGGCUGCCCCGCCCACUGAGGGCUGCCCCUGCUGCCCCGCCCACUGAGGGCUGCCCCUGCUGCCCCGCCCACUGAGGGCUGCCCCGCCCACUGAGGGCUGCCCAUUCUGCCCCGCCCACUGAGGGCCGCCCCUGCUGCCCCGCCCACUGAGGGCCUCCCCUUCUGCCCCGCCCACUGAGGGCUGCCCCGGCUGCCCCGCCCACUGAGGGCUGCCCCGGCUGCCCCGCCCACUGAGGGCUGCCCCGCCCACUGAGGGCUGCCCCGCCCACUGAGGGUUGCCCCGCCCACUGAGGGCUGCCCCUGCUGCCCCGCCCACUGAGGGCUGCCCCUGCUGCCCCGCCCCGUCUGAUUAGUUAGGGUUGGGGGGGGGUAGGGUUGGUUAGGGGGGUAGGGGUAGGGGUAGGGUUAAGGUUGGGUUCCAAAGCAGUUGCCUAUCUUUCCUUAGUGAAUAAAGAAUGCGGCUGGUUGGACGUUUACCGCAGAGCGUUCAACGACACAAUCUGUCCUCUUGAACACUCGAAGCUCCGGGAUGCUGAGGACUCCCGAUGACUCAAUGAUGUGGGAUCAAGCAAGUUAAUGUCAAUAAAGUAUUGAAUAAAAAGUGAUAAAUAACCGUU